AUGACGUUUCGCUAUGAAGAUGGUAUCGCAUUGUUGCAGCUCGUCGUCUUCGUGCCCUGCCUCUUCCUCGCCAUUCUUUUGUGUUACCAGCAAGGAAUGAAGGCCGUGGCAUCAUGUUGGAGAUUCCUUAUUAUCCUCGCCUGUCUCCGAAUCGCUGGCGCUAUAUGUCAGCUUAUUACUAUCACUUACGACUCGAUCAAUGUUCUCACCACAAAAAUCACAUGCGACUUGUUGGGCAUCGCUCCCCUAACACUGGCUGCCGUGGGUUUGCUGCAAAGAGUGCAUGUCUUGUUCAGAAACACCUCGAUCAAUAAGCUCUCCAAGUGGAUCUUUAUCUUUGUUAGUAUCGUCAGCUUGGUCGGGCUGGCCCUUGGUAUCGCCGGCGCUAUCAAGGCCCUCGACAGCUACACCAUCCCCCCUAUGCUCCAAGCCGCAUUGGGUAUGUUCGUCGGCUGCUUGGGUCUCCUGCUGGCCAUUCUGGGGUACCUGACUAUCUACCGCAACGAGAUGCCUCGCAACGAGAAGGUCAUCCUGUACUCAGUCUACGCCUGUGCGCCACUGCUCAUCGUGCGCACCGUCUACGGCUGCUUAGGUGACUAUACGACCAUCGCGCGGUUCAACCUGUUUGAACCCAACCCCACCGUUAAUCUCUGCAUGGGCGUCCUCGAGGAGAUUAUUCUUAUGAUUAUCUGCCUCGCUGUUGGCUUUUACUGCCCCCCGCCUAAGGAACCUCAACCUGAUACUGCCGACACGACGAAUUCGGACGAGACCAAUAUUGUGGAGAAACGCUCUCCUCCCCCCAGCGAUACCCGCUCUGACACCGUUGACACCAUGAACAAAGAGAAAAUUGCUGAGGAGGGACGUAUAGGGACCUCGACUGCCGAGGCUUUGUAA